AAAAAAAAAAAAAAGGAAUAAAAAGAAAUCAAUGAUACGAUUUUAAAAAGAUAUAUAUAUAUAUAUAUUUGAAAUGAAUUUUACUCGUCUCGUUAACAUUCUUGUUUAUCCUAGCCAUUAAUGGAGUGUCAUCGCGAAGGAUUGACGUGACGAAUAGUCACUGCCUUUUUGUUGUCGUGCACGCGUUAAUGCAGAAGAAUUUUAAAAAUUCGACGAAUUAAAAUGGAAAGAAAAAACUUUGGUAUGUCUCAAAUUUUCGUGUGUUGUUCGAACAUCAUUUUUCUGAUAUCGGGUUUCACGUUGAUGUCAUUAGGAGCAUUUUUAUUAGCUGAUGAUGAACGUAUUUUAUUAUCGCGUUUAUUGGGACCAGGUGAUAUACAUCCCGAUCAACCACUUUUUUAUUACUUAGCAUUUGCACUCGUUGGACUCGGAUUUCUGAUCACGUUAACUGGUCUACUUGGAUGUUGGGCAAUUUGUCUUUAUAAUCGAUGCAUCACAAUUUCAUAUUUCAUCACGAUAAUCCUCCUAUUGCUCGGCGAAUGCACCGUAUGCGUUCUCGUGGUGUUCUGGCCUCACGUUUUAGGCAUCGAUGUCAGACCGGCACGAUUGAUACGAGCUUUGCAGCGAAGCUACGCCGUACCCGGUCGAGAGCAAUUCACGGCAGCCCUUGAUCUCGCACAAACAACGUUUGCUUGCUGCGGCAUAAACGGAAGCAGCAAUUACGGCACCUCAUGGUGGCGGCUGCAGGAAGUCGGCCGAAGAGAAUUAGUGGUGCCUCUCAGUUGCUGCACCCUGAAUAAUGUAAACCAGACCGAUUCCUUCCUCAAUCCCGAACCUGCCAAUCUUACUCUCUGCCAGGCUUUGAAUCCCGCCGAACAUCAAUAUGCCCGGCAUACUACGGGUUGUUUGGAGAUGUUGGAGAAAUGGACUCAAGACCAAGCGUUGAUAUUGCUCGUGAUCGGACUUACUAUUAUUUUCGUGGAGGUAAGCGCACUUCUAAGCACAUUCUUCGCCUGUUCAAAAGGGACUAAGAGAACUAAGUCACAAGCAUCAACGUUUACGUCCACGCAAACGCUCAGCCCAUUCAACGAGAGCGAUCACGAUUUUGAGGGCAGUGAGGGUAAAUCGUCUAUCGAUAUCAAGAAUACGAAAACUGUGUCGAACUUGUCCAGGUUAGGAGAUGUAAGAAGAUUUAGUAAGAGUAUAAUCGAAGAAUGGAAAAAUUCUCCAGAAUUUGAUGAGGACGACGAAGUGUUGCGAAGUGAUCAAUUGUACGAAGAGCGUGCAAUAGAUGUCGUGCCAGAUUGUCCCAAUAAAACUUGGUCAAUAGAGAAAAAUAAUCUCGAUAAAAGUCGCGAUGAUAAAAGUAACGCGAUGAAGUCAAAAUUGCAUAGCAGCGCCGCCACUGUCAGAAGUAUUCCAAUAAAGAAUUACCAGGCCUCGAUAGCCCAUAACAUUGGAACGUUGAAACGGUCAGAGAUACCUCAACUCCAAUUUGAAUCCUCGAUGUCCGAACCCGAUAAGAGUCUCCGUUUGACUAAAUACAAAACCAUAUCUUCUCCCCAAAACGAAGUUAAAUCUCAAAUUCGACGAUCGACCAUGGCCUCCAAGCAUUCGGAAAUUUUAAACCCAUCCAGGAGAUCUUGUCAUUCUUGCGAUUACCAACGCGAAAUUCAAAAUGAACAGCGUAAGGUCAACUCGAAGAUAAAAACGUUGGAUAGAAGAAUUGUGAAGAGUGAACGUAACGUUUCGAAUCAAAAGGAUGAUCUUAGCGAUUUUGGUGGUGAUGAUUAUUUUUAUAAAUCUCAAAAAUAUAAUUGCAGCCAUCGAAGAUCAAAAGAAGACACGAGAAUUCAAGAUCAAUCGAAGGAGGAAUCGAUGGAGAAUAGAGAUUUGAAACGGUUGAGAAACGAGGAAACGCGGAUCAAGAGUAAAUGGGGGACCAUUGAUUUCAAACGUGGACACGUGGGUCAAAAAAUAUCGGCGUACGAGGAAAAUGCCAAGCGCGGUAAUCGUAAUUGGACGUCUCUCGACACGUAUCAAAUAUUUCCCGAAAUAAAGAAACAUCGAGCGAUCGGUGUACCAUUAGUAGGCAUGCAUAACGCGUGCGGUUUGCCGGUAGUGGCUUCAUGGCACGAUCAUGAACUAUUGGAACCUCUGAGAGUCAAAGGAGGUAGGGUUUUAGGAACGUUAAGGCCGAUUGUCAAAGGAUCAUCGCGCGCUUCGAUUAAUUUCCGUCAUCGAACUCAUCCUAAAAGGAGAAUGGUAGAUACGAAUCAGAGCAUUUCUAAAAGGAGCCAAGUUUUAGAUUUAAGAGAGUCUGAUAAGAAGAUUGAUUAUCCAUCGAUAAAGUCGUUAGUUUCUUUGGAAACGGAUGGGCUAAGAAAGAAAAGGAGACAUCGAUCUUCAUUUAAGGCGAAGAGAACUGGUACAUUUUCGAAAAAUACUAUGAAACGAAAGAGUAGAUCGGAUGAAAGAAAAGAUAAAGAGAAUUGUUUGAUCGGCAGUCUCUAUAAAAAAUCGUUCGAAUCUGGAAAUACAAAAAGACAAACUUUGUAUGCGAGAGAUGAUGGAGAGGACGCUGUGCAAGUUCUUAAGAGUUUAUGUUUAAAUCCUUUGGCACGAACGAAAUCUGAUACUGAUAUGAUAUGGUAAAAUUAACGAGACCUGAAAUAAUUGGAAUAAACAUCUUGAUUGAACAGUCAA